AUGGGCGCCGCGCUGGGCACCGGCGCGCGGCUGACUCUCCGGCCCGGCCGGGCCUGCGGCGCUGUCCGGAGCUGGGCGCCCCCCACGCCCGCCCGAGGCUGCCACUCCAAGGCCCGCCCGGCGCGCCCUGUGCCGCUGAAGAAGCGGGGAUACGAUGUCACCAGGAACCCGCAUCUCAACAAGGGCAUGGCCUUUACGCUUGAGGAGAGGCUGCAGCUUGGGAUCCACGGCCUCAUCCCGCCCUGCUUCCUGAGCCAGGACGUCCAGCUCCUCCGGGUCAUGAGAUACUACGAGCGGCAGCAGAGUGACCUGGACAAGUACAUCAUCCUCAUGACCCUCCAGGACCGGAACGAGAAGCUCUUCUACCGCGUGCUGACCUCAGACGUGGAGAAGUUCCUGCCCAUCGUGUACACGCCCACCGUGGGACUGGCCUGCCAGCACUACGGCCUGACCUUCCGCAGACCCCGUGGGCUGUUUAUCACCAUUCAUGACAAGGGCCACCUUGCAACCAUGCUGAACUCUUGGCCAGAAGACGAUAUUAAGGCGGUGGUGGUGACUGACGGGGAACGCAUUCUGGGCCUGGGAGAUCUGGGCUGCUACGGCAUGGGCAUCCCCGUGGGCAAGCUGGCCCUGUACACGGCGUGUGGAGGCGUCAACCCGCGGCAGUGCCUCCCUGUGCUGCUGGACGUGGGCACCAACAACGAGGAGCUGCUCAGAGACCCGCUGUACAUCGGCCUGAAGCACCGGCGCGUCCGCGGGGAGGCAUAUGAUGGCCUUCUGGACGAGUUCAUGCAGGCCGUGACGGACAGGUUUGGAAUAAAUUGCCUCAUCCAGUUUGAGGACUUUGCCAAUGCCAACGCCUUCCGCCUUCUCAACAAAUACCGCAACAAGUACUGCAUGUUCAACGAUGACAUCCAAGGCACAGCCUCUGUGGCCGUGGCGGGGAUCCUGGCUGCUCUGCGGAUCACCAAGAACAAGCUCUCCAAUCACGUGUUUGUUUUUCAAGGUGCUGGUGAGGCAGCCAUGGGCAUUGCCCACCUCCUUGUCAUGGCCCUAGAGAAAGAAGGUGUGCCCAAAGCAGACGCCACAAGGAAGAUCUGGAUGGUGGACUCCAAGGGGCUCAUCGUCAAGGGGAGGAGCCACCUGAACCAUGAGAAGGAGACGUUUGCCCACGACCACCCCGAAGUGAACUCCCUGGAGGAGGUGGUGAGGCUGGUGAAGCCCACGGCCAUCAUAGGUGUUGCCGCCAUCGCAGGAGCCUUCACAGAGCAGAUCCUGAGGGACAUGGCCUCCUUCCACGAGCACCCUAUCAUCUUUGCCCUGAGCAACCCCACCAGCAAGGCCGAGUGCACGGCUGAGAAGUGCUACCGGGUCACCGAGGGCCGAGGGAUCUUUGCCAGCGGAAGUCCUUUUCCAAGCGUGACUCUGGAGGAUGGCAGGACCUUCUUUCCCGGGCAGGGCAACAAUGCCUACGUGUUCCCCGGCGUGGCCCUGGGAGUCAUUGCCGGCGGGAUCCGGCACAUCCCGGAUGAGAUCUUCCUCCUGACGGCAGAGCAAAUUGCCCAGGAGGUCUCUGAGCACCAUCUGUCGCAGGGGAGACUGUACCCACCCCUCAGCACCAUCCGAGACGUGUCUCUGAGAAUCGCCAUCAAAGUCCUCGACUUCGCGUACAAACACAACCUGGCCUCCUACUACCCAGAGCCCGAGGACAAGGAGGCUUUUGUAAGGUCCCUGGUCUAUACUCCAGACUAUGACUCCUUUACACUGGACAGCUACACUUGGCCCGAGGAGGCCAUGAACGUUCAGAACAUCUGA